UAUAAAUCAACUCAAACUCUGUCUCCUGGAGUUUGACCCUCUUCUUGCAUCGUGCUGGAGAGCGAGGACGACGAAGACGGACAUGGCGUCGUCGACGGUGGGGAGGAUCCAGCUGGGGUCGCAGGGGCUGGAGGUGUCGGCUCAGGGGCUGGGCUGCAUGGGCAUGUCCGCCUUCUACGGCGCUCCCAAGUCCGAGCCCGACAUGAUCGACCUCCUCCGCCACGCCGUCGAUUCCGGCGUCACCUUCCUCGACACCUCCGACAUCUACGGCCCCCACACCAACGAAGUCCUCCUCGGAAAGGCACUGAAGGGAGGGCUGAGGGAGAGAGUGCAAGUGGCAACCAAGUUCGGGAUCAGCUCCGCAGAUGGGAAGGGGAACAGGCAGGUCCGAGGUGACCCUGCGUACGUGAGGGCGUCGUGUGAGGCCAGCUUGAAGCGGCUCGACAUCGAUUGCAUCGACCUCUACUACCAACACCGCGUAGACACUCGCGUGCCCAUCGAAGUCACUGUCGGUGAACUAAAGAAGCUAGUUGAGGAGGGUAAAGUCAAGUACAUCGGUUUAUCCGAGGCUUCCGCUUCAACAAUCAGAAGAGCCCAUGCUGUUCAUCCCAUAACAGCAGUGCAACUGGAGUGGUCGCUGUGGUCGAGAGACGUGGAGGCAGAUGUCAUUCCCACAUGCCGGGAGCUCGGCAUCGGAAUCGUUUGCUACAGUCCUUUAGGACGAGGAUUCUUUUCUGUAGGUUCCAAGCUGUUCGAGAAUCUAUCCAAGGAUGACUUCCGACAGUACCUGCCCAGGUUUCAGCCGGAGAACUUGGUUCACAAUGCGAAGUUAUUUGACCGAUUACAUGAAGUUGCAAAGAGGAAAGGAUGCGCCCCUUCACAGUUAGCCCUCGCCUGGGUCCACCACCAGGGCAACGACGUCUGCCCGAUACCCGGGACGACCAAGAUUGAGAAUUUUGACCAGAAUAUUGGAGCUGUGUCCGUGAAACUCACGCGGAACGAUAUGGCCGAGCUCGAAUCAAUUGCUUCUGCAGAUAACGUCAAGGGCGACAGGUACAAAAGUACCAUGAUUACAUGGGAGAACUCCGACACUCCACCCCUUUCUUCAUGGAAUGCUGCUUAGAAACAGUCUAUUUCUGUCACUACCUCUUUGAUAUAUAUACAUUGUGCGAGUAUUUUCUGAUGUGGUACUUGUGUGUGUUGAAAUUGUAAUUGUCAUAAUAUAUCGCGCUGUUCCCAUCAUAGUCAAAACUAGAUUCAUCUUGAGGGAAACUAUGAUUUACUGAGUACUGUACUACUGUAUGAUUUACUUAGUGUCCAAUUAACAGCACUACUGUGAAA